AUGUCUCAACGCGACUCGCCUCGAUCCUCGACAAACCUCGCUGAAGAAAAGGUCCGUGCGGACGUGCAGGAGACGGCGGAGUCGCCGCUGUACAAUGCCCAUAUCGACGUUUCUGGCAUUGAUGAACGCAAGUUGAUGCGCAAGAUCGACUUGCGCCUCAUCCCAUGGCUGUCGCUGCUCUACUUGUUGAGUUUCCUUGACCGCACGAGCAUCGGAAACGCAAAGUUGUAUGGAUUGGAGAAGGACCUCCACAUAACGGACAAGCAGUACCUGAUCAGCCUCACGAUUUUCUUCUUUCCCUACUCCGUGUUCGAGGUACCCUCCAACGUCUUCCUGAAGCGUCUGCGGCCCUCGAUAUGGCUCUCUGCACUCAUGUUACUUUGGGGAAUCAUGAUGGAACAGACCGUGCAAGGGCUGGUCCACAACUACGGGGGGCUACUCGGCAUGCGAUGGAUGCUCGGCACGAUGGAGGCCGGGCUCUUCCCGGGAGUGAACUAUUAUCUCUCAUGUUGGUACAAACGCUCGGAGUUUGGUAUCAGGGCCGCCAUCUUCUUCAGUGCGGCAUCCGUCUCGGGUGCAUUCGGCGGUCUGCUCGCGGCUGCCAUCUCGAACAUGGGCGGGAUCGGAGGCAAGCCCGCGUGGGCGUGGAUCUUCAUCCUCGAGGGGCUCGCGACCGUCCUCGCGGGCGCGCUCUCCUUCUUCAUCAUCCAGGACUUCCCGGACACGGCGCGCUUCCUGUCGGACGCGGAGCGCACCGUCGUCGUGCGGCGCCUGCAGCAGGACGACCAGUUCUCCGCGGGCGGCGAAGAGCUCAAGUGGAAGUACAUCUGGAAGAGCAUAUUUGACUGGAAGACGUGGGUCGGGAUGAUCGUCUACACCGGAAGUGACAUGCCCCUCUAUGCCUUCUCGCUGUUCCUCCCCAGCAUCAUCAACCAGGCGACGCCUGCGAACCUCCUCACGGUCCCCGUGUACGUCUUUGCGUGUCUCAUCACAUGCCUGGUCGGGUACGUCGCAGACCGGCGCGGGCAGCGCGGCCUGAUCAACAUCGGGCUGCUCUGCCUCGGCGGGGCCGGGUACAUUAUCCUGAUCGCAUCGCGCAACGCCGCGCUGUCGUACGUCGCUGUGUACCUCGCGACAUGUGGAAUAUACCCUCUCAUCCGUACCGCGUGGGUAUCGAAUAACGUCGAGGGCUCGUAUAAACGCAGCGUCUCCCUCGCGAUGGUCAUAAGCUUCGGCAACAUCAACGGCGCCGUCAGCUCAAACGUCUACCGCGCGCGCGACCAGCCCUGGUACACCCUCGGCCACGGGCUCGUCCUGAUGUACAUCGGGCUCGGCGUCAUCGCCUCCAUCACGUACUACACCUUCCUGCGGCGCGAGAACGCGCGGCGGGACCGCGGCGAGCGGGACGAGGUCAUCGACGGCGUGGACGGAGAGGAGAAGGAAGGUGUAGAAGAGCGCGAGGAGCGCGCGCGCCGGAAUGGGCGGUUCGCGAGCGUUGCGGAGGCGAAGCGGGAGAAGGGGGACGAGUGGAGCGGGUACAGGUAUACGCUGUGAUUGUGAGCCCGGUGAGAGCGCGAGAGGGGGGGGGCGGGUCUGGUCUUUGGAGGAUUGUUCCUGCGUGUAUGAUAGCGAGGUGUACUGUAUCUCCCAAACGAUGGCAAUUUGACGACAGUGACUGCCUCCAUCCACCUGACCCGUUUCAGAGACGACGUUUCAGAGACGACGAGACGCGCAUGAUCGCAUAAUUGUAUAGAUGACGCUAUAAUGGCACAGGAGAGCUAGAGCAGGCACACAAAGCCAAACCAAGGCAGGGAGGAUAAGCACGAAGCACGACGCACGCCCGGGAGACGAAAGAGGAAACCGUACACGCCGGAAAGGUCGAAUAGAGUAUAUACAGACAGAGAGAGACGCGGAACGGGACGAACGAGCGGAGCGAGGCAGAAGCGGGGGCAGAAGCGAGAGAGGGAAGCAGAGUAGCAGAGUAGCAGAAUAUACAAGGGGUCGCGCAGGGACGGGAGGGGACGGACGAAGUGUAAAAUUACAACGUGUGUUUUUGGCGCUGGAGCAACAACACGACACAAGGUCGUCUGACGGUCGAAGUAGACAAGAGAAGAGAAGAAAAAACAUUAGAUGACCGGGGCCGCCAGGACCAAGGCGCUAACGCCCGUCGACGGGGACAAGCAUGACGGACAGCCAGCCUUCCACGCCAACACACGAACCGCCUUCCACCCGCGAUAUCUCCCCACCCGCCCCUCAGGCCCCGACUCGAGCCCCCGCCCCGCCGGCUAUACCAUGCGAUCUACUUUUCCCCCGCCUCUGGGCACAGCGUGUGGCAUGGAAUCAAAACACCGGCCACCUAGGCCCCCUGGCGGCGGGAAUAUGCGCGCGCGCGGGCUCGCCCGGCUGACGUGGCAGCGCGCCGGCGGCGGGGAACGGCCACAGAAAGUAAGCGGCGCCCGUGCCCGUGCCCGUGCCCGUGCUGGCGGCGGCGGGGUCCGCGCUCUGCUCGCGCGGCGGCGGCGGGUGUGCGCGCGCGACGGAGGACGGGAGCGGGAUGGGUGUGAUGUCGGAGGUGUGCACGCGCGCGCGCUGCGUGGGCGAGGCGGGGGCGCUGCUGCCCGCGCUGCUGGUAGUAGUGCUGGUGGUAGACGCGGCGGCGGCGGGGCUGAAGUACUCGGCAGCGGUGACAGGGGGGUGGUCAGGGUCGAGGGGGCCGCUGGGCGGGAGGACGGCAGAGGCGCGAAUGACAAGCUCGUUUAGGCGGAGGACGCGCUCGCUCGGGGAGAGCAUGCGGGUGCGGCGGCCCCAGCCGCCCGGGAGGUCGUCCGUGUCGAGCUCGUGCUCGUGCUGCGAGUCCGCGUCUGCUUCGGGGUCGCGGUCGCGGUCGGCGGCGGAGACGUUGAUGGCGUCCUCGGGGCCGAGGAAGGCCUCGUAGACGGCGCCCUCGAAGAACUCGUCCGAGUCCGGGUCGAACGCGCCGUACGUCCAUUUUUCGUAGUGCGUGUGCGCGCCUGCGCCUGCGCCUGCGUGCUCGUGCUCGUGCUCGUACUCGUGGUCGGGGGCGACGACGACGACGGGGGCGCGGGCGUGGGAAGAGAAGAGAGGGCGGCCCAUUGUGCGCUUUUUUGAGUGAUUAUUUUUGCGGGAAGGAAGGAACGGAGGAGGGUUGGAGGGAGGGGAGUGGGAGGGUGUGUGGGGUAUCUGGG